AUGUCGAAACUGUCAGUGAGCUUCUGGUCGGUAUGCCUCUGCUUUAAUGAUGCUGACCACGCUUUCAGGCCGCUCAAAGUGCAAGUCGGCAUCCGAGACUACUGGGACAAGGACGACGCACCUGUCCAGAAGGCGCUGAGCAGUCUCAAAGAGGUCAUCGGGAUCAAUAUCGUCGUUCUACCAGAAUGGCAGCUUCUCCUCGCUGAACUAGAAAGCUUCUAUCCGGACAAGGGGACAUUAGUGCCAGUUGUCGCGGGAUGUGUCCAAGCGUGGUGUAACGCUAUGUCGGCUCUUCUUGACGAUGAGGCCAAUGAGGAGUGGGCUGACACGCUGUUGGAACGAACAUAUGGGACUUUGAGGCUGUUCAUUGAGGUGUCUAAGAACAAUAUCCCCAAGACGACCUGGUCCGACGAAAGGGUUGGGUUUAUCAUCAGUCUGCCCAAAGCUGAAGUACCUUCGCCGAUGGAGAUGGAGCCCACGUUUAAAGGCAGUUUAAUCAGCUGUUUCGACAAGAAACGGACUGCCUCAGGCGCUGUAUCCCAUGGAAUGGCGUCGGUGGACGACUGGGCCGAUGUCUCCAUGGACACGGAAACCGGAACGCCAGGUGUGAUCGAGGCGCCGCAGCAGCAGUCACCUUCUGGCUUACACCCACGUCAGCCGGAGUUGAACACGCUACCCAGUUGCAGUACUCUCGCUCGCCCGGACGAGCUACUCCUCAAGCCACCGUACCAUCUGGUCGUUUACAGCAGGGGGGGCACGCUCGUCGAAGUCCAAUCCAGCCAUAGCCCGUCGUUGCGGUUGCUGGCCGAGUACUUGAAAAAAUGGUGUCGUGUCAAUCACCAGGAUAAUCGAAAGCCCCCUUGCGUCGAGGUCAAGCUUCACCAAUCAGCAUUUGGGCUGGGACUGAUGUAUGACCGCCUCACGCUUUCUGUCGAAGGUAGGUAUUCGACGUUUACUGUGACUCCUAUGAUUGUGUUGUCGCUCAUUGAGGGCGUUUUGGGGUAUAAGACCGUUUUUGCUGAUAACUCGAGCUGGGCGUUUCGGAAGGACAUCAAGUUCACGGGGUGUGGGUACUGA